CCAGAGCUGUUAAAACCGAUCAGUCGCCAAAAUGCUCCAAAUCCUGCUUGCAUGUCUGAUGCUUGUCGUCAGUAGAGUGGAGAGUAACUGGAAUGCCGAAGAAAGCGAUUCAUCAAAAGCAAAAAUGGGAUUCAGUCGCAUCAAUAUGACAUGCAACGACGCUGAGGAUGUGUGUCAACACUGUGUCAUAAUUCCCCUCUUUGGACAGGAAUUCUUAACAGUUGUCGAAUACACGAAGGACCCUUACCAACUCGAGGUCAGUGUCCAAGAAGGAAGACAAUCCAGAGACUGGACCUUUUCUCAAGACGACCUAGCUGGAAAGUAUCGGUGGUGCGAAUCCGCCUACUCCGAAGCCAGUUGGGACUACGACACUCAUGGAGAUACACCAUUUGCUACGAAAACAUCUUUGAUGAUAUCUCCGUACCCGAAGAUUGCGCUAAGCCUCUUGCCGUCGUAA